AUGGCGUCGAAUUUCGCUCCAUUAAAGGACAUCAGUGACGUCUCGACGACGUUAAACUCUACAAAACCACGACGUACCAGUGGUGGGAAUGGAAAUUUAACCAAUUAUCAACGUAAAAUCAUUUGUGAAUUCUAUCGCAAAAGUGGUGGGGUCAUGUCCCAAAAAGAUUUGGCCCAAUGGACAAAACAUGAAUUUCAAUUGAAAAAAACCCCGGCCCAAUCGACAAUUUCGGGCAUUCUUCGACGUCAACAUGAAUUUAUCAAUAUGAGUUCAUUGGAAUUGGGGAUUAAAAAACGUCGUGUCGUGCAACAUCCUCAACUUGAUAGUGCGCUUGCAAAUUGGGUCAUUCAAAUGGCAGGACGAGGACAGACGGUACAAGGGGAUUUAACCAAGGAAAAAGCCAAGGAAUUUGCAAAAAUGCUCAAUAUUCCAGCCACAGAACAGCCGGAAUUUUCCAAUGGAUGGCUCCAUUCUUUUCAAUUACGUCAUAAUUUCAGUUUUCGGAAAUUUAAUGCUGAUCAUCAUCAACAUCAACAACAAGUGGCUCUUGUGGGCGAUGUUGAGACUGGAAAUUUGACCUUUUGUGGUCGACGAGCACUUGGAAUGAACAAUAAAGUCCUGUAUUGGACUAAUAUGGAGACAUUACUAAAUGAAACAGACAAGUAUGAACCCAAGGAUGUGUUUGCCGUUGAAGAAACACCAGUGUUGUAUACAAUGCCACCUGUACAAAAUGCAGUGGAUGAAGGACGUAUACGCUGUAAAAAGCGUUUUGUCGUGUCUCUCGCGGCAAAUGCAGAUGGAUCGGAAAAGCUUCAGCCAUUGUUUGUGUCACACUAUGAACAUCCAAAGUGUUUUCGAAAGAAAACGGCUGAACAGCAUGGAUUGCACUAUUUUAGCAACAAUAAGGCGUGGAUGACGGGUGUCAUCUUUUCGCGCUGGUUGCAGCGAUUGGAUUUUGCCAUGGCGAACCAAAAGCGUCGUAUCUUGCUGUUUAUUAAUGACAUGCCAUCGCAUGUGGUCGCACACCUCGAUCUUACAAAUGUCGUGGUCUUUAUCUUGACUCCUGCUGUGAUGCAGAUGCUCAACCCCAUUACCUCUCGCGUCGUAACCACCUUUAAAAAGCGUUACCGUCGGUACCAUUUGCGUCAUGCAAUUGAUAAGGCAGAAUCAAAGAGUGCCAUGUUUGAUGUGGAUGUUCUCCAAGCAAUGAAGUGGGCUAUUACCAGCUGGGAAGAGGUCACGACGGAGACUAUCAAGCGCGCUUGGAUUCCCACACAACUUGUGCGCAAUCGCGUCGAAAUGAACGAUCACGAUCUUUUGCAGGAAGAAGAAGAAGUCUUAUUGGACACGGAGCUAGAGCACUUGAUGCUCUUUUUGCGUCUCGGGGACCCCAUUCCUAUAAUGGAGUACCUGAACGACGAGACGAUGUCUGAUUAUCCGGUGCACGAAGACAAAUUCGACGUGGUGUCAAGCGUGCGCGAAGUUCCAGAAGACGAAGUGGAUGAAUCCGCGGAGGAAUGCCCAGGACGCACUCUGUCGUUGCAGGAGAAGCUGAAGGCGUUUCGUGAUGUGCUGCACGUCCUUAAGGACCGAAGUGAUGCUGAUGACAGUGCUUUAAAUGCGAUUCGACGAGUACAGGAUGCGAUUCGAAUGGAGGGCCAAAAAGAGGCAUUGGGAGCUUUGGGGAGCCACGGUGUAGAGACAAAGAACGUUUUCGACCUGGACACGUCUGGUGACGGCGUCAACGCUUCUGCGAUGGCGUCGCUGGAAGGUGACAGCCAGCAACACAUGGAUGCGUCUUCGCUAUUGGACUCGUCGGAGAACUCUGCUCUUUCUGCGGCCUCCGCCUCGCUCGCUGAAGGGGCAGGUGACCACGCAAGUGCAAUGAUGGAUGGAGCUGUUGAUGGUGAAAAUCGCCAGCACGUCAACGAUAGUUUCCAGGCGAUCAUUUAG